AUGGCUUUUCGUCAAUGUCUCGGGAGGAAGAAGAAGAAGGGCAGCGCUUCUUCGUCUCUACCAGCAACCACGCCUCCGGUCGAAGACGAGCUCGAGCGGGUCUUUCGCCUGUACGACACGAACGGUGACGGGAAGAUAUCGGCAGCGGAGCUGCAGGAAACGAUGGCAAAACUCGGCCAUCACCCGGCGAAUGAUCAUGAACUGGAGAUGAUGAUGAAGGAAGCCGAUGCAGAUGGGGAUGGCUUCAUCAGCCUUGCUGAGUUCAAGGAUAUUAAUGGAGCCGGUGAGGGAGUCGAGGAGGUGGAUCUAAAGGAGGCCUUUGCAGUGUUCGACGAGGACCGUGAUGGAAAGAUAUCGGCAAAAGAGUUGCAGAACGUGUUGAAGGGAUUGGGAGAGCAGGUGACAACCGAGCAGUGUCAGGAGAUGAUAAGAGGAGUGGAUCGGGAUGGGGACGGGAUGGUGAGCUUUCAAGAGUUCAAGGUUAUGAUGACCGGUGGUGGUGCUUUCUCGGUUUCGUCUUCUUAA